AAUUAAUCUAAGUUUCCAUCUAAUAAUAAGAAUAUGAACUUUAUGCCAGGUAUUUAUUAUACAAGAUGGCGUUUGUCAUUCAAUUACUGAGAACUCUUGUCAAUGGUUGUUACCAAAGCAACGAAUAAAUAUUAACAAACCGAAUGCUGAGCUCCGAUAUGACUGCGAUUGAAAUUUUUUCGAGUUCUAUUUAUUAUAAAUAUAAAGCUAGAAUAUAUUCUUUAAGCUCUUUAAUCGUGUUAUUGUUGGUUAUGAUGUCAAUAAUUACUCCGUUCUUUUUAAUGUUUAAUGCAGGAGGAUUUUGGAUAAAAACAAAAACUCAUGCAGAAACACCAGACAUAUCUUUUCAAUAUAAAUAUUUAUUAUUAAUGGAGAGAGGCAUAGAAAUGACUCCGAUAGUUUGUUCUACCUUUACUACUUACAAAGAGAAUGAUAUUCCUGAUGAUUGUUUAAUCAUAAAGGUACAAGAAAUAGAUACAAACAACGAUGGCAAAAAAGAUAUAUUAAAGUUUGAAGCUCAGUUUUAUACAGAUUCACCGAUUAAGAACAUAAGGUUCUUUCUAUUUUUUAAUUUUAAAUUAAAGCAAAUUUUUGAAAGCUCUAUUCAAUCAUUAGCAAUAUUUGAUCAUACAUUACAUCAAGAUGCACAGAAGAUUUAUUUUAUUGCUGAUUUGGAAUUAAAACAGAGAGGCAUUCUUCAUAGCGAUCAUUUAUACGAGAUAUAUAAUCAUAGUAUAGAAUUAACAGACAGAUCAUUGCUGCAAUUGUUAUCUCAAAGUGUUCAUAAAAAGUUUUCAGCUGAAAUUACUAAUGGCCAUGUAAUCACUCAAUCAGGAUUUUCUAAUGAAGAAAUGAUUACAAUCCAAGGAGAAUUGCAUUACAAAGAUCAUUUAAUAUACUAUCAACCUAAUUUAUGGGAAGAAUUGAAAUGGGCAUGGAUACAGUAUAUAUCAUGCUUUAUCGUAUUUGUUUAUUUAACUAAUUAUAUUUUAACAUUUUUAUUCUCAAAUCGAUAUUUAAAUUCAUACAUUGUAGUGCCGUGGAAAAUGAAAUAAAAAAGAUAAUAAUAUUAAAUAUACACAUUCACAUUUCGGCGAUUUCGUAAUUUAGCGUCACAAACAUAGCUGAUUAAUUAAGAAACCAAUGUUUGUUAUAAUGUUUUUUGAAUGAAUAUCUUUUUGUAUGUUUGUAUUUACAUACCAAAAAUGUUAUAUAUAUAACGU